GAAAUCGCUGACGAGAUGCGCACCGCAUGGUGCUUUUUCCCUGGCCGCGUGCGAUAGCAAGGGCAUCAGCGAGAGAGGCGGCGGGGUCUGUGGAGUGCUUUCUCGCCGUCGAAGAGGUGAUGAGCACGUUCGACUCUACUCCCACGCGCUAGCCUCUUGCACGCCGUCCCUUAGCUGCUCCGUGCCUCUCGCUCUGGAUGCCCGUUCGAGCUGCGUCCGACGUCCGCCGGCCCGCUGCGCGCUAUCACCGCCGUGUCUCGAGCCUCAUCCCCUUUGUCAUCAGCAGCGGCAGCGGCAGCGGCACCUCAUCUGCGAUGCAGCGACGUUCCGAGAUGGAGCACCUUGCUAUCAACUCCUCGACCGCGCCCAGCUUCUCGUCCAACUACGGCAUCCCCGACUUCACGCCUAAACCCAUCCUCAGCACGGCCGCCUCGCGCACCUCGCCGCGCAAGCUCGUCAUCUCGCGCAGCAGCAACAAUCUGCGCAGCAGCAGCAACCUGCGCAGCAGCGGCUCUUCGCCCGUCCGCAAGCCGCGCAUGCCCUCCUCCUCGAGCGAGCAGCGGCGCCGCGACAGCCUGGCGCUGUCGACGAGCGACGAGAGCAGCACGGUGCGCGGCGCCAAUGCCUCGCGCAGCACGCUGGCAUCGUCGGUGACGGCGCACUCGCCGCGGCGCCUGCCCGAAGACUCGGUGGCACACCUGCUGCCGCCGUCGCGCAGCGCCGCCUCGCUGCCGCAGAGCCGCACGGUGCGCGAAGUGACGUUCGCCGAGAGCGUCGAGCACGCACCCAUGCCGCCGCCGUUCUCGGGCGGCGAUGCGCGCCUGGAGGCGAAGAGCAGGCUGGAGGAGGGCCCGAUGCGGCACAACAGGCUGCGCGACCAGCUUGCGCUGCGGGUGAGUACAAGGACGAAGAGGCGUGAUAACGUGCCACUGACGAGCCUGUGCGCAGCUCAACUGGCCCAUCGACGGUACGUGCCCAGACGAAGAGCUCGACAGUGAUACUGACGGUUGUUCAGAUCCCGCCGUCAACGCCGAACGAAGCACCUCCAAGAGCAGCUCGGCGCGCAGCAAGGAGGCGCCGCGCGCUUCAGCCUCGCUCGUGCUCUACCACAAGUACGCAGCGCCCGAGAGUGCCUCGGAGAGCGAGAGCGAGGCCGACGAGGACGGCGCCGAUGGUCGGCGCAGCACGGCGCUGAAGCACCAGAUCAAGGGCGCGCUGCCGGAGCACGCCGACGGCAAGAUCAUCCUGCGCGCCGAGUGCGCACGGCCGUGCUG